CCAGGCGGAGGAGGAGGAGGUGGGGACCCCCCCCCCGGACCCCCGUUUUCCAGUGGUUCCCACACAAUACGGCCGUUUGCGAGGGGCUCGUCGGGACCUCAGCAACGAACUCCUCGGCCCCGUUCAAGCGUUUUUGGGGGUCCCUUACGCCGCACCCCCUCUCGGCCCUCGACGUUGGGCCCCCCCCGAAGCGCCGGCCGCUUGGGGGGGGGUCAGAGACGCUACGGCUUUCGCCCCGGCGUGUCCCCAAAAUUUAAGGGGGGGUCCCCCACCUUUGAUGCUCCCCCUUUGGCUCAGCGACAACUUAGAAGCCGCCGGAGCGUAUGUGGCGGCUCAGAGCGAGGAUUGUCUGUACCUCAACCUCUACGUUCCCACCGAGGAUGGUUUGCUCGCCAAAAAGCGCGAGGACGGCCCGUGUCCCCCCCCCUCCAUAGACAUCCGGGACAGUGGGAAGAAGCCGGUGAUGCUCUUCCUCCACGGCGGUUCCUACAUGGAGGGGACGGGGAACAUGUUUGACGGCAGCGUCUUGGCCGCCUACGGCAACGUCAUCGUCGUCACCAUGAACUACCGGCUCGGCGUGCUCGGGUUCCUGAGCACCGGCGAUCAGGCGGCCAAAGGCAACUAUGGACUCCUGGACCAGAUCCAAGCGCUGCGGUGGUUGAACGAGAACGUGGGACACUUUGGAGGUGACCCUCAACGCAUCACCAUCUUUGGGUCCGGCGCCGGCGCCGCCUGCGUCAGUCUUCUCAUCCUCUCCCACCACUCAGAAGGUCUCUUCCAGAAGGCCAUUGCCCAGAGCGGCACGGCCAUCUCCAGUUGGUCGGUCAACUACCAACCCCUCAAGUACACUCGUCUCCUGGCGGCGAAGGUCGGUUGCGAACGUGCCGAUACGGGAGCGGCGGUGGAAUGUCUUCGCCGUCAACCCUUCCGCCUUUUGGUGGAUCAAGAUGUCCAACCCGCUCGUUACCACGUGGCCUUCGGCCCGGUGGUGGACGGCGACGUCGUUCCGGAUGAUCCGGAGAUUUUAAUGCAACAGGGAGAGUUCCUCAACUAUGACAUUCUCAUCGGCGUCAAUCAAGGAGAAGGGUUGAAGUUCGUCGAAGACUCUUUGGAAAACGAAGACGGAAUUUCCGCUUCUUAUUUCGAUUUUACCAUUUCCAACUUUGUGGAUAAUCUCUACGGUUAUCCCGAAGGGAAAGAUAUCCUCCGGGAAACCAUUAAAUUCAUGUACACGGAUUGGGCCGAUCGCGACAACGGAGAGAUGAGGAGGAAGACCUUAUUGGCGCUCUUCACCGACCACCAAUGGGUGGCGCCGGCGGUGGCCACGGCCAAACUUCACGCCGAGUACCAAUCGCCCGUUUACUUCUAUACCUUUUACCACCACUGCCAAACGGACGCCAGACCCGAGUGGGCGGACGCGGCCCACGGCGAUGAGAUCCCCUACGUCUUCGGUGUCCCCAUGGUCGGCGCCACCGAUCUCUUCCCGUGUAACUUCUCCAAGAACGAUGUCAUGCUCAGCGCCGUCGUCAUGACCUAUUGGACCAAUUUCGCCAAAACCGGCGACCCCAACCAACCGGUCCCGCAGGACACCAAGUUCAUCCACACCAAACCCAACCGCUUCGAGGAGGUGGUUUGGACGCGUUUCGACGGCAAAGACAAACGCUACCUCCACAUCGGCCUCAAACCGCGCGUCCGCGACCACUACCGCGCCAACAAAGUGGCCUUUUGGCUCGAGCUCGUCCCCCACCUCCACAACCUCCACCAACUCCCUCACGCCUCCACCACCACUCGCCUUCCUCCUCCUCCGGGUCCUCCUCGACGCCUCCCCUCCACCCGUCGCCCUCCUCCUCCUCCUUCGCCGGCGCCGCCCGACGAAGACGCCGACGCCGAGGAAGACGACGGCGGGCGACGCCGUUUCGCUCCCUUUCCCGGCGAUUCGCGGGAUUACUCGACGGAGCUGAGCGUGACGGUGGCCGUGGGCGCUUCCCUCCUCUUCCUCAACAUCUUGGCCUUCGCCGCGCUCUACUACAAGAGGGACAAACGGCCUCCCGACGCUCGGGGGGCGCCGCGACGCCUCAGUCCGCCCUCGGCGCGAGGAGCGCCCAACGACCUCCUCGGUCACGGCGGCGACGAGGAAUUGGUGUCGUUACAGCUCAAACACCCCGAAAGAGGCCUCGGGGGGGGUCUCGGCGGUGUUUUGGGGGUCUCCGAACCCCCCGAAGCGUCGUUACGACCUCCUUCGGGUCCUCCGGACUAUACGUUGGCGUUACGGCGCGCGCCGGACGACGUGGCGGUUUUGGCCCCCAAUACCAUCAGCGUAGGGCCGGGGGGGAUCCCCGCCGCCAUCUUUGCCGCCGCCGCCGCCGCUCCCCCUUUUCUGCCCCCUCCUCCCGGGCAUAACAGCACUCUGCCCCACCCCCACUCCACCACCCGCGUAUGAGGAGAAACCCCCCGGGAAUUGGGGGAACCCCC